AUGGCCACCACCACCACCAACCCAUCCAAUGACGACACUCAAAGCAGCCUAGAUGUUGUAUUGCAACUGUUGUCAUCGUUGACAUUGUCGCAUGAUGACGCACAAUCAAUUAUUGAUGUAAUCACUGACCAGAUACAGGCUGCUGCACUUCCUGCCGUGCAGCCAGCUCCCACUGUCGUUGUCCCAGUCGUGGCACCUCCCACUCCCACUGUCCAGGCCGCUACACUUCCUGCCGUGCAGCCAGCUCCCGCUGCCGUUGUCCCAGUCAUGGCACCUCCCACUGUCAUUGUCCAGGCUGCUACAUGUCCUGCUGUGCAGCCAGCUCCCGCCGUGGAACCUCCCGCUGUCAUCGUCCAGGCUGCUGCACUUCCUGCUGUGGUGAACCAUCCUACCCCAACAGCACGCUCCGGCUUCUAUGGUUUUCCGCAUCUCCCGCUGACUGAGGUCGUCGUCAAUGGUGAGACAAGGGGACAGCAGCAUUAUCGUGGAUUCGCAUUUGAUGUCCCGCGUGCUGCGGCCCUUGGUCCAUUCUACCUCAUCACCCGUGGUUCCCGGGUAGGUGUCUUCGAGACAUGGCAACGCACAUCCCCAUAUGUGCUUGGCGUUAGCUGCUCCUCUUUCAGCCGCUGCAAGUCACUGUAUGAUGGUCUGAUUCGCAUGCUUGAUGCGAUAGAUCUCGGAGAAGCACAGUGGCUUCCUUAA